CAAUGCAAUGGAUUUUUAAUUUUAAAGGUUGUGUUUUGAAUGUUGAUGGUAAUUUCUGCCUUUUUGUCAGUCUUAUGUUUUGCAUUUUAUUAUUGUUUUUUUACAAAUAGCGGUAUCAUAUUUUAAGCUUAAUAGCCUCUUUAGUUGCAAAAUGGAUAAAAAAUUAGCAACCCUCACAAUUUCUCAAGAAUCUUCAUCAACGUUUGGUGAUUUUAUAAGUAUUGUUGAUGAUAUCAAGAAAAGGAAACAAAAAAAUCAGAUGCUUGAUGUCUUGAUAUCAGACAAUCAGUUUGAAAGUCUAGCUAACACCUGGCUGACAAAUGUUUAUGAUGGCAAAGAUAUGAUGAUGCUCAAAAAAGUUUCAUCGUUUUUGGAGUCCUCUGUAGUAACUCGUAAAUCAAUUGCAGUUUGUUUUGAUGCACAUUUAAAAUAUUUGGAUACUAUCCUUGAAUUGGUUGUCGAUCAGGACAAUUUUUCUGUUUUGUUUACAAGCAUUGAAAGUUUUCAAGAGCAGGCUGUGCUUGCUGUAAAGGUAUGCCUACAAACUAUCCAGUUUCUUCCUGAGAAAAUUAGAGAAGCAAAAGAAAAAAAAGAAGAUAUGAAGGAUGUGCUAGAGAGUGUAUGCAAUAACAUAGUUAUUGCCAUGUGUGAUAAAAGGUUUUCAAAAGAUUGUUGUUUGCUAGCAGGGACAGCUUUUGCACUGCUGUUUAACUUAUUCAAAGAUGAUUUCACCAUAUCAAACAACAUUUCUAAUUUUGUCCACAUGCUUGCUUAUAGAUUAGACAAAGAGGAGAAAAGGAAUUUAAGAGUUUCCUCACUGGCAAUAAAUUUCCCAGGGAGUGUUACAUCACACUUUGCGCAACUGAGUGUUAUCAAUGGAUUAUUGAAUACAACAUCAGAAAUACUCUUCUUGCUCACUGAGAAUGGUGAUACACUGCUUCAUACUUUCUUCAAAUUACUGGUGGGCUCAAAUUUAACUACAACAGACGCCACUGCAAAGUAUUUUUGCUUUCAGAGUCUGAACAGCUGGGCAAAUUUUCUUUCUAAUGGGAAAUCAAAAGCAUCACCGGACAUCAACAGAAAUGAACGAUUAUUGAAAUUUUUACAUGUUCAGAACAUUGCAUUGUUUCUAAAGAAGGAUUCUUUGUACAUGAAGCCAUUAUUGUCUAUUGUUUGGCGUUACGUUGAAGAUUUGGUCGAUGGAAUUCCGCAGUUUGUGCAAAAACUACUUUCAACUAUUUUAAAGUUGCAUAUGGAUGAAGUUGUGCUGCACGAAACAAAAAUUGUUGACCAGGUGGAGUUUUAUAUUGACCUGACAAAGGAAAUACUUGCACAAGCUUGGCAUGUGAAAGGAAGAUGGAUACUGCUAGCUGAAAUGAUACCAUAUGUUGGUUAUGAAAAGUUAUUUCAAUCCCAUACAAUGAUUGCUGAUGAACUCAGUUGGUGCAUGAAAACAUGUGGACUUGCAAGCGUUUCAAAUGAAGUAUAUCAAAAAAUACUUCAGGAUAUCAAACAGAGAUACAGCUCAGAUAUUGAUCUUGCAACAACAAAAUGGUUAAAGAUCUUUGGUGAAACAAUUUUGAAGCAUCUACAAUCUGAUAAUUUUCUGAUGCGACAAAACAUUGGUAUAUAUUGGAUACCUACUACUUUGCGUAUUCUCCCAAGCUGUUUAAAUGUAAUAGAAAACGAAAUAAAUUUAAAUUUAUUGAAUAACUUGACCUCUGACAACGUUUUACAUGCGUAUAUGUUAAUUUUGAAGUGUGCAAGUAAUUUUGGACUGAUGACAAGUGACAAAAUGAUGAAGCGUCAAGUUUUUCUUGAAGAAGCUCUGUUUCAUUCCAGUGAUGAUAUCCGUGCUGACGCUUUGAGUAUCUUGUGUAACAAUCCCAAAAGAACUGAACCAUUUUCACCAACCUUCCAAAACUUGGUUUUACAAUUUAUUUUGAACAAUUUAAACAGUGAUUCAUCAAAAUUUAGACAGCAAGUGUUCUCUUCUUUGAAGAGAUUGUUAAUAAAUAUUCGCGACAGCAGUGUUGUUUUACAUCGAAAAAUGUCAAAGGAAAAGAAUGGCAGCAAAUCUUUUAAUAUAUUGACAACAUUGGUUGAUUUUGUUGAUAAUAUUUUUAAAAUCAGUAGAACAUGUCUCAUUCCAUCUGCAUCCUUUCAAAGAAAAAAGACAGGGUUACAGCUAAUGGAAUUAUUGUCAGAUUUGUUUGUUUACGUACAAGAUCUGAAAUUUCGAAGAAAAGGUGCUGCUACAGAAAAUGCAUUACCACUUUUUGAAUUUGUCACCAAAAGUUUUCCCUUAAAGUGGAACAUGAUGACUGUUGAUUUUGAAUUAUUAUCUUGUAUAGAGGACCAGCAUGAUGAGAUUCGAAAUUUAGCCUUAAAGGUUUUAACAUACCAUCACAACGUAUCUGCUGAGAAGAACCUACUGGACAAGAAAUUUUUUGAUAAAUUGUUAAAAGUUGGGUUAAACUUAUUAAAUAGCUCAAAAUUUUACGAAACAGAAAGUGGGUCAACAAUUAUUGCUUUUCUAAUGAACAGACUUAUAAACGACGACUAUAUAAAAUCUCAUAUGAGUGAUUUUAUGAAUGAUGCACGCAUGGAAUUUGACUGUGAACAAAACGCACCAAUACUGCUAUGCAAUUUUAUCCUUCAAAGAGCUAAACAAGCCUUUGGUGAAGCAAAAAAAGAUUUGCUGAGAGCUGCUUGUUUUCAACCAGUGUAUGGUUUAUCUCUCGCCUUGUCAGUGUGCCUAAACUCACUUUCCAAUGUCCUAUUACAGAAAAGCACCUUCCUAAAGUUCAUAAAAGAAUUAUUGCAGUAUUCAGAUGCGGUGAGUGAAACCAUGAUUCAACUGUUUUGUGGUGCACAUCAUAUAGAAAUGGAUGCUGUUUCGCCCUCCUUUGCAGAUAUUGAUGAAGCCUUGGAUCAAAUAAUAAAAACUUGUGAUAGUUACAAAGACAUAAAGUCGACUGUAGGACAUUUGCACUGUCGCGAAGUUUUUGUAUCGUUUUGUUGGUUGAAUCUUAAAGCGCUUAGCAUUGUUAUGACUGAGAUUGGAAGUUUAUUAGCUAAAAAGAAGAAUGAGUACUUGAUACUUACACCAAAUGAUUUAGAAAUUGUUUUGAAUUUUUAUGUUCGUACUUUGAUAAAAUGUCGACAUAAAGGAGUAAUAGAGAAUUGCUAUGCAAGUCUCAGUUAUUUCGCUAAGUGUAUUGCAGAUGUUCCGCAAUAUUGGAAGUUUGUUUCAAAGCGGUGUAGUGAUGUGUUGGUUACGGCUACAGAUUUAAAAAAGCAUGGAUCUGUUACCAAAAGAAGUGCUGGUAUACCAUUGUUCAUACAAGCUAUAAUAUCUGCAGAGUCAGCAUCACAUGGAUUUGAACUGUUAAAUACUUGUAUAAAAAAUCUGUUUGCAGUUGCACAAUUAGAAUUACCAAAAGUUAUAAACACUACCUAUGACUUACCACAGUUUAAUGCUAUCAACAUUUUAAGAGCUAUUUUUCGUGAUACAAGUCUUGGAAAUACUGUGUUACAAUUUGUUGAAGAAGGUAUAAUGUUGACUAUUGAUGGAUUCUCUUCACAGUCAUGGUCAAUCAGAAAUGCAUCAACGACAUUGCUUGGUACGCUGGUACCGAGAAUGCUUGGUCAACGUCUCAGUCAGGAAGAAAGCAGUCAACAAAACGCAAGCACAACUGAUGUGUUCUUUUAUCGAUACCCAAGAUUAGAACACUACUUUUUAAAUUGUUUAAAAAAACAACUGGUAUAUAUGAAAGAAAGUGGCUGCGUUGCCACUCUCCCACAUGUUGUUCCAGUCCUUACAUUUUUAUCAAAGUUGCGAUGUGGAGAAAGUAAAACGAGCAUGUCUGAAAUGUACACGUAUGUUCUGCGUGCCAUGAAAGAUUCGGCUGUUUUUGUGGUACGUGAUUUGGUGGCAAGCUCUUUAUUAGCAUUUGUUCCAAAGAAAUGUUACGAGUCGUUAUGCAAGGAUAUUGUUAACGAAAUGGUUAAUGGCAUAUCUCGAAACGGAAUUCAUACAUAUUUUCUGGUACUUUAUAAACUGUCAGAGCAUAUAGAAAUUCAGUUGGUUCCGGAGCUUCCAAAUCUUUUAGAAAAUCAAAUUUUUAAUACUCAUUUAUUUGCACAAAGUUUAACGUUAGAUAUGAUGAUAAAGCAUUACGAAGCUUUCAAAACAGACGAAAUAUUGGAUUUGUUGAAAAAUUUCACAAAAAAAACACUAAUGUCAUUGCAAAAGAUGAAAAACAUUGCAAUUGGUAAAGUAUUUCUCGAAAAGUCCUUAACACAUGCUGUUGUUACAACUAUUUUAAACAGUAACGAUACAUCCGUUUUAAAUCUUCUGAUUGAAUUUGGAUCCACUGAUCUUCAUACUUUAUUAUUUGGUUUUGCACGUCAGUAUAUUCCUGAAGAGAAAGAGUUGCACAUCAACAGCUUGUCAUGUUUUGCAAUCCAUGUCAUUUUGACAAGUGGAAAUAAGAAUUUACUAGAAAGCGCAUUAAAGUUUUUGAAUUGCUUAAACAAUAACAAAGUGUUCUUGGGAUCCAUUGACUGUGUGUCAUUUUACCACAGACUCUUGAAUUUAUCAACACUCCUUCCUGGUAUGUGGCCAUCUGUUUUACCAACUAUCAGCGUGGUUGUUGUGUUUUUAUUAGAAGAAAAUGAUGAAAAAUUCUCAUUGGAUGUCAAUCAUGUUUCACAGAUGAUUCUAAAAUUUAGCAGUGCUGAGAAUAGUGAAGAUUUACGACUUAGUGUAGCCUUAUCACUUGCUGUCUUUAAGCCAUUAUUCAAAUUACAUGAAGAAGGAGAUUGUGAAUACUAUACCGCGUCUAUAGAAAGUUUAUUAACUGCAUCACUGCGACUUUUACAAGAUGAAGAUGAAACAGUUCGACAACAAGCUAAUACAAGCUUGAAUUUCUUAAACCACUUGGCAGAUGUGAACUGCAAAACCAAGAUGCAAAGCAAUCGAACAUUAGAAAGUUUAUUUGCAGUAGUUGCAAGUAGGAAAAAUAAAUGUUAUUUGAAAUGGUUGACAAGUGUUAUCAUUUAUCAACAUAAAGACACAAGUGAAGAAAGUGAUUUAAUCUUAUUUGAACAAGAAAGUAUGAACUUGUAUCAAGAAGAAGUAGUAGUCAUUGAACUAUCAUUCAAAUAUUGGGAGAUUGCAAAACAAAUUUCUCUGCAAAGUUGUUCCGAUGAAGACUUUUUGGUAAUACAAGAAGACAUUGUAAAAACAUGCAAAAGUAUUAUAUCAAAACUGCUUCAAUUUGAAAAAUGUUGUACAGCAGCGAUAGAAAGAAGCACGUAUGGUUUGUUUGGACAUCGAAAGAACUUUACAAAAUGUUAUCGCCUGUUAAAGCUUUUGUUAUUAUUGUCUGACUUUGGAAAUCUUAAAAACACUGCAGCUGUUGAAAUCGAUGAGUUUUCUAAAUUUCUUAAAGAAACAAGUGGCAAGUAUACACUACCAUCAGUGCUUCAAUCUUUGAUUGGUUCCUACUUUGAAAGAAUAAAAGCAAAAGUUUAAUUAUUUUUAUAAAGAUAAAUGGUGAAAAAUUAUAACGACAAAAAUUAGGAAUUUUAUUACAAAUUUUGUAAGCUGUUUGUCCUUAGUUACCUAUUUUAAAUUUUCGUCAAACUAAUAGGAUUUUAUCUGUAUUUUUUAUGAAAGAUCAUCCUCAUCCAAA